AUGCUUGGAACUGCCAUCCAUUUUGUGGUGCAACCAACAUCUACUAUAUAAACGAGCUGUAAAGCUCUCAGAAGCUCAACCUUCCAUUACAGAACGAUAGUCUAUCUCUGAAGGGAAGGAACAAGCAGUACUCCUCGUGUGCUGUCUAGUUGCGAUGGCAUUGGCUAGUGUGCUGGUUCCUCUUCUGCUAUUGGCUGCGGCGAGGCCCGUGGUCUGGGCGCAAGUGUCUGUCGCCGGCAGCUGUCCCCAGCACCAGGUCGUCCACAACUUCAACUUCAAAUUGUACCUGGGCAAGUGGUACGAGUACCAGAAGCUCAACUUCAGCAAGGCGACGGGCGUCUGCAACACCGCCGAGUACUAUGUCGGCCAGACGGGCGGCGUCGUAGUCCGCAACACAGAGUACGACCCGCGAACUGGAGAAAAGAACGAAGUGGUGGGUUCGGCUCGACUGAACAGCACCGCCGGAGAGGGCAAGUUGAUGACGUCCUUCCCCGUCUCAGGUAACGUCUGGCGCCCGUACUUGGUCCUCUCCACGGACUACGCCAACUACACCGUAGUGUGGUCUUGCCUAGAUCUGGGCUCCACCAGCAUGCAGUUCUCGUGGGUGCUGACGCGCCAGAAGGAGCCCAGCGCUGGCGUGCUGUGGGCCGUGGACCAGGUGCUGCAGUCCCGGGGCCUCAGCAGCCUCCCGUACAACCGCACGCCGCAGAACUGCCACGGCAACUAGGGCCCCGUCGAAGACUCGCUUCCCAGUCCAAACACGACCUCGACACCACAACCAGUCGCGCAGUCCCAGGUAUGCGUGCAGAAGAACGACAAAGACCUUUCCUUUCCUGCUCCGCCUUCCGUUAACAUGUUAACACUCAUGCAUAACACAACACAGUGAUGAAAAGCUUCUCAUUUGUACAAAGACAAAAUAAAAUUUACUUAAAAUAA